AUGUAUGAUCCAAAAGAGUGGGUCGAUCUCUUCGCGGAAACUGGUGCUCGCUACAUAGUACCUGUGACGAAACAUCAUGAGGGUUUUGCGCUCUUCAACACGUCGAAUACCAUUAGCAAACGGUCAUCUAUGCAUUACGGCCCAAAGCGAGAUCUAACUGGUGCUCUUUUAGACGCUGCAGCCCAAUAUCAACCACAUAUUAGACGCGGCACAUAUUUCAGCAUGGCUGAAUGGUUCAAUCCAUCUUAUUAUGGGUAUAGGAACUCAAAUCCCAGAUGGGGCGGCGGCUGCUUUGGCUCCAAUGACACCAACCCAUACGAUGGUUCGAAAGUCGAGUACACUGGGUACGUGCCGGUCAAGGACUUUGUCACGGACAUCCAGCUGCCUCAAAUGAGGGAACUAGCAUAUAAUUACAAUACUGAGCUAAUGUGGUGCGAUAUUGGUGGCCCGAAUAAUUCUACUGUUUUUGUUUCGGAGUGGUUGAACUGGGCUCGUACUCAAGGUCGACAAAUAGCAUUUAAUUCUCGCUGUGGCCUCAACGGAGACUUCGAUACACCUGAGUAUCUAACUCCGGCAUCAUCUAUUGGAUAUCGCACAAAUGGCAAUACUGUAGUCAGAAAGUGGGAGACCAACCGUGGUAUGGAUCCCUUUUCAUUUGGUUACAACUAUCAGACGCCCGAUAAUCAGUACCUUAACGGCAAUGAUAUCAUCCACAGUCUAGUAGACACUGUCAGCAAAAACGGUAAUCUCCUGCUAGAUAUCGGUCCGACACACAAUGGUAGUAUUGCUCAGAUUAUGCAGAAUGGUCUACGGGACGGCGGCAGCUGGCUUGUCCCUCACGGCGAGGCUAUUUACGAUACUCGAUUCUGGAGCGCCACUCCUGGAACUGGCAAUCUUCGUUAUACUAUAACCAAGGAUGCUUUCUACAUCUUCUAUCUCACUCAGCCGCCUUCGACACUAACUAUCUCAGACCCAGUCCCUUGGCUGCCAGGAGAUACCGUUACUGCCCUCGGCGGGAGCGCGCAUGGUACUGUUAUUCCAACGACACGUACCUCGUCUGGACUGGUCCUACAAGUCCCUCAGUUGGCAAUCAGUGGUGAUAAGUAUGUUUGGUGCUUUAAGGUUUCUUACACAAGUAAAUGGUAG